CGGCUGGAGGGGCCCAGAUGAGCCAGUGGUCCCUGGAUGGCAGAACCCAGGUGUCCCCAGAGAGCAUGUGGGAGCUGGAACUAGAGGUGGGGGCAGUUCUCAGACUGGGUUUCUCAUUGACAGGCCGGGCUCGGUGCUGCCCCAGGCCAUGGAGCACAGGGCCUGCUGGCCACCAAGCUUGGGGGAUGAGCUUAUCCUGAAACCUGACCCUGGAGACCCCCGGGUUAGUGGCCCCCCGGCGGGCGAGCUCCCAGCCCCGUGUUCGGUGAGCCCACCCCGGGGCAGUGACAACUGCGUGAGCCCCUGCCCUCAGCACACGCCCCCAGCCCAGAGACGCAAUGUGAAAACCUCACCCGGCCGGGAGAAAAUGUGCUGAGCAGCCCAGUCCGGCUAUCCCGCCGGGGCCAAGGGGAUGGGGCUAUUUAUAGCCGCCCUGGGUCCAAGGAUUCCUGGGGGAGGGGGUGCGGCAGCAUGUGAAGGACUCACACUUUCCGGGUGGAGACUUGGGGCUUAGAGCAGGGGGGCAUGGAGCCAGGACUCCUGGGUUCUAAGCUGAUCAUUGGGUGGCAGGUGCUAUAAUACUUGUAUUAUUAUUCCCCACUUGCUGUGGGACUCUGUUCAAGUGCCCUCCCCCCACUGGCACCUCCAUUUCCCUCCCCGCCCCUGCCCCAGUGAAAUGGCCUUUCCUAGGGCUAGCAACAUAAAAGGGCAUCAGGACGCCUGGUCAGUGCUCCUCCUCGGCUGGCAGAAAGGGCCCCGGGAUCCUUCAUGGCCAGGAAGCCCAAUGACUGACCAGACUGAUGCUCCCCAUUCUGGGCAUGCUGGGGGGGAGCAGCCCCUGCUGUGCGGGUCAGCAGAGGACCCCGGGCUGUGGAGUUGAUGUCCUUCCACCAGCUCCGAGAUCGCAUGGCGGGGGCUGGAGAAUCGGCUCUCAGCCUGGCCCCAGCAGGCCCCUCCAUGCAGCCAGCACCAACAGUGACAAUUCCCGCCCGCCAGCCGCUCACGGAUCAAAACACGUUUGCCCCACCAGAGCGCUGGGAUCGGUCUCAUUUAAUGGCCUUUCGCUGACGUAAUUUAUGAGCUGAGACAGCUUUUCCAUUUGGGGCCGCUAACCUGUUCCAGGCCUGGCGUUAUCAGCUGCACCAGAGAUAUUUCACAGCCACAAUUGACAGGGCCCUGAGGCCGGCCCCCCUUGCCCGCUAACUCCAUUACCGCCCUGGUUUGCAUUGUGCCAAUGAGCCCCUUCCUCCCAUCACGAGGGCGGGGGGCUGUGAGCGGAUCCAGCUGCCAUGAAUGGGCUGGGAGAGGAGUUGGUUUGUCCCCACCUGGGAGUCUGAAAUAAGCCAAGAGGCUGAAAUGGGCGAGGAAAGGUGGCAAAGGGAAGCCCCCUGCCCCUUCCCCAUUGGCUGCGAUGGAUCUUCCCCGGCCAAACCAGUGCUGGGAAUGGUUCUAACGCCUGGUGUCCUCAGGACAGCCCCAUCUCGCCCCUGUCACGGGAAGCACCAGGGAGCCAGGGUGGAGCGAGAGGGAUGGGGGGAGCAGGCCGGCCAGCUCGGGGCUGAGAGCUGGGGUCCAGCCGGUGCAGAGCGCUGCCUCCUUGCGGAGCACAUCACAGAACCAGCCUGCAGUUAAAGAGCAAUUCACAACCUGUGUCCAGAGGGGCCUAUGUGGAAAGGAAUCAACAGAGCUGCGUGGUUGGGGGGGGGGGGCAACCCAUGGCUGGGCUAGCAGGGGGCUGCGGGUCGGGAGAGAGGGGCACCGGCAGAGCUGGGGGAAGCCCAGGGCUGGGCUAGCAGGGGGCUGCGGGUCGGGAUUGAGGGGCACCGGCAGAGCUGUGGGGGGAGCCCAGGGCUGGGCUAGCAGGGGGCUGCGGGUCGGGAUUGAGAGGCACCAGCAGAGCUGGGGUGGGGGGGAGCCUGGGGCUGGGCUAGCAGGGGGCUGCGGGUCGGGAUUGAGGGGCACCAGCAGAGCUGUGUGGGGAGCUGGCACUUCCCUUACGCUGCCCUUCACAAGCAUUACGUUCACUGUGAAAACCCAGAGCCCAUCGGCAGGCUGAGCCGGUCGGGGUGGAGCGGCAGGACGCGGCUCCGGCCCCCCCGGCGCUGACACUAACCUGGUUAGCCGGGAUGAACGGCCACAAUAAAGUCGCCUUUCAAUACGUUUGUCAAAUGAUCAUCCGGUGCAAGAUAAACUAAUCUCCCAGCCCACCCCCGACGUGUCUCUGGAGCCUCCAUUAACUCCCCUAAAUGUCCAGCCAAUCACUGCCCAACAGCUUCCUCCCCGCCUGGCUGGGCCGGGGGGCCGGCGUGGUUGGGGGGGCGGAGGGGGGCAGCUAGAGAAAUGAUCUCAAUUUCCAUCUGCCCUGCGGGGAGCACCAGGUCCCAUCUGCCUGGCGCACGUUGGGCCCUAAUCAGAUUGGGCCGAUUAGCGCAUUGCGACGCCCUGAGCCACCCAGGGCAGGGGCUAUAAAGGCGGCUCCUUCGGCCCCAGCUGGGCGUGAGCCGCCCGGCCAAUCCCCCAGCCAUGAGCAGCAUCGCGGCCGUCGGGGAGAGCUACCAGAAGUUCAACCCCAGAGCCUACCUGCAAAACAACUACAUGCCCCCCCGGGCCGACUUCAGCGCCGAGGACUGCGUGGUGCCCUGGAAGCUGCGGUGCCUGGCCGAGGCCUUCGCCACAGGGGACAUCCACGGCCGCACCCUGAUCGACAUCGGCUCCGGCCCCACCAUCUACCAGCUCCUAAGCGCCUGCGACCACUUCGAGGAGAUCAUUGCCACCGACUACCUGGAGGUGAACCGGGAGGUGCUGCGCCGGUGGGUGCGGGGCGAGCCCGACAGCUUCGACUGGAGCCCGUACAUCAAACACGUCUGCCGGAUUGAAGGCAAAGGGGAGCAGUGGAAGGAGAAAGAGCAGAAGCUGAGAGGGAAACUGAGGCAGAUCCUGCCCAUCGACGUCCACCAGUCCGAGCCGCUGGGCUCCCAGUUGUGCCAACCGGCCGACGCCCUGGUCUCCACCUUCUGUCUGGAGGCGGUGAGCCCCGACCGGCCGAGCUUCGAGAGAGCCCUGCGUAAUGUCACCACCCUGCUGCAGCCUGGGGGCCACUUCCUCCUCAUUGGCGCCCUAGAGGAGUCUUUCUACCUGGCCGGCGAGGCCAAGCUCUCAGUGGUGCCGGUGAGCGAGGCCGACGUCAAGGAGGCCUUGAGCAAGAGCGGCUACCACAUCCACGACUUCCGCUCCUACCUCAUGCCGCCCAGCCUGAAAAUCGGCGUGGACGACGUGAGUGGGGUCUUCUUUGUCCACGCACAGAAGAAGCCCGUGGCCUGAGGCCCGUGGCUAGGCAAGCCUGGCCAAUCCUCUUGUUCUUUGCUAAGAUGCACGUCCCACAGCAGAGUGAAGUUUGGUAGCUAGUAAUGCAAUAGAUGCAUCCAUCCUAGGCAGAUAACCUGAGAUGCUGCGUGAUUCUCCUUAACGCCCCCUCCACCCCCAGCUCCAGAGCGCAUCUCCUUUGCAUGUGGUAGCUGAUUCAGCAGUGAAGGGUUAAAUAAAACUGGAGGCAGGUGGAUUAGCUGGUUCUCUGAGGGUCUCUUCAUUCAUAAAUUCUAUGCUUCUAUUAAUGGCAGGUCCUGUUCCCCUGUGUCUGUGUAGGGCCACGCGGGGCCUGAGCAGCUACUGGAGUAUCAGGCAGGGUUGGCUUUCUGUAGCACCCAGGUUCUCCUUGUGCUGUACAAACAGAGUGAAAUCCUACUUGGGGCAUGCAUUUCUAGAGCCUCUCCCUAUCGGCUCCGGGUGCUUUUACAGCUCUUUGGGGGGUUCAAAGUUCUUACAUCAUUCAAUUAAUCUGCAUACCAGCCUGUGAAGCAGAUCUGCCUUACCACCCUUGUUUUAGAAACUUAGUCACAGAAACUAAGAAGGGGCAAGUUAGAGAGCAAGAGCAUUCCUGAUCCUGCACUCAAUGCACUAGUUUCUCUCUCUCCAUAUCGUUUUACAUGACAUGCAGCCACCUCUGGGGCAGAACUCAGCAGCUGCUAAAGGGCAGACAGUAACAUUCCACAAGAGUUUCGAACAGGUAAUGAAAAACCGCCUCCCACUCCAUCUGAAAGUGAAAGGGAAGUAGGAGGUAGGCAGAAUGUAAAUUACCGAAUCUGGAAUUUCACUGUAUAGGGAGAAGACAAAACUAGCCGCGGUAGAAUUUCAGCAGGAUUCCAACUUCAGAAUUAGCACAAUUUAGUUUUGGUCCCGAUCCCAUCUGCUGAAGAAUUUUAGUGGGCACCCCAGAUAAUUUAGGCCCAACGGUUAGAAUUUUACUGUAUGUUUAAAAAACAUUUCAGAGAACCUAAUAAUGACGAGAUGUGUUCAUGAUUUCCAUGGCACUUUAUCUAGAUAUUUAUUUGUGGCUAUCGAUACAUAUUCCAUGCUGUUCUCUGAGAGCUAUGCACUGAGCCUGUGUUUUACUGCAUGAGAAUCCAUUGAAAAUAAAAGCUAUAAAAUCAA